UGACGACAUGAUAGAAAAUUGACUACAAAUACUAAAUUUUAUAAAUCACCUGUUGCUAAUUGUUAAAUUAUAUUUGAUUUCGACUUUUAUUGAUCAAUAACUCUUCAAAAUUUUCAUACUUGUCUGAUAGUUAGUUAAAGUGGCAAAAUAUGCAUAACCCAGCAGCGGUAAAGUGAACAGCUGUUUACAAUUGUUUUGAUAAGAAAAACUGCGUAAGAAUGCAACGAACGCCUCAUCUUUGGCAAUGUUUGGGCAUUGCCAGUCGGUCAACCUUCAGAAUUAGGCAAUUUCAUAGCAGAAGGCUAGCUGCGCAUCAGAAUCAGAGCAAGCCUAGUCGCAGUUGGAAGACUUUCCCCUUCGGGCGUGUGGGCUUUGCUCUGAUUGGAGCUGGAGCACUUGGAUACGAUGGGAUUGUUAACGAUUUUACCUAUGCCGGAUCGUCGGUGCGUUUUGUGCGCUCUGUUAAAACAGCGAUAUUAAUAGCCAUCGAUUAUCUGGGACUGGACGAGAAUGAUGCCGAAUAUAACACCAAGAUAAAGGCUUUGCAUCAGAAGAGUGCCAACAGAUUAUUGGAAACCUGUCUGCUUAAUGGUGGUCUCUACAUCAAAGUGGGCCAAGGAUUUGCGGCCAUUAAUCACAUAUUGCCCGUGGAGUACACCAGCACGCUAGCAAAGCUGCAGGACGAAUGUCUGACGACCUCAAAGGCCGAUAUACAGAAGGUGUUUCGUUCUGACUUUGGCCAGUUGCCCGAGGAGAUGUACAAAGAAUUUGAUUACAAACCCGUGGCGGCUGCCAGCUUGGCCCAGGUGUUUAGGGCAAGGCUACACAGCGGCGAGCAGGUGGCCGUCAAAGUUCAGUAUAGCGAUUUGCAGAAGCGUUUCAUCAGCGACGUGGCCACCAUUAUCUUUCUGCAGGAUAUGAUCGAACUUGUCUUUAAGAACUACAAUUUCGGUUGGAUUAUGAACGAUCUGCGCAAGAAUCUUGUGCAGGAACUCAACUUUGUGCAGGAAGGCCAAAAUGCUGAACGUUGCUCCGAGGGACUACAAAAAUUGAAAUAUGUUGUGGUGCCCAAGAUCUAUUGGCCACAGACGAAAACGCGCGUGCUCACAAUGGAAUGGAUGGAGGGCUUUAAAAUCAGCGAUGUGCCUGAGAUUAAGAAGCAAAAAAUGAGUCUAGUUGACAUUGACAUGAAACUCUACAAUGUGUUUGCCGAGCAAAUCUUUCACACUGGAUUCGUACAUGCUGAUCCACAUCCCGGCAACAUCUUUGUGCGUAAAAAUGCGCAAAGUGGCAGCGCAGAGAUUAUAUUGUUGGAUCAUGGUCUCUACGAGGAGCUCCCAGCUAGCGUGCGUGGUCCACUUUGUGAGUUCUGGGAGGCAACAGUGCUGAGGGACGAAGCGAAGAUGAAGGCGGCUGCUACCAGAAUUGACAUUGUCGAAUAUGUUAAAUUUGCCGAAGUGCUAUUCCAGCAGCCCAUACGUAUGCAAAGUGGGCCAAUAAAGAGCAAACUGUCCCAAGAGGAACUCGAGCAUAUACGCAAGGUAGCCAGGGAAAACUUUGAUGUCAUCAUGAGCACCCUCAAGGAAAUGCCGCGCAGCAUGCUCUUCGUGAUACGCAAUUUGAAUAUUGUGCGCUCCAUUGGCGAUAUGCACGGAAAUGUAGUGAAUAGACCACAAGUCAUGGCUCGCUAUGCCCAACGUUGUCUCUACGAGCGUAAUAUGAGAUCACCGAUCCAGUACAUGCGUUGGUUGUGCCGUCGCAUUUAUUUUGAGUACUGCCUGUGGAUAACUUCGUUACGACCAAUUUUAAUGAAUUAUUAUCUGAAUUUCUUGUAUCUUGUGGGACGUGCGCCGGAAUCGGCAAGGACACUAAUGCGUGACGUUAUGCAACAGGACAAGCUAAGCCAGUUGCACUAGCUUUAAAUUAGCACAUUCUUAAAGUCAAAUAUGUUCAGUUAAGUCAAAUUCGCAUAUGUUACGAAUACGUAAUAUUUAUAACUGUCGUGUUUAAUAAUUGUGAUUCGCUUGAUGUCAAAGUUGCUAGAUAGAUUGAUUAAAACUUUCAACUUUUAUAUUU